AUGAACACACAACUUUUAUUGGCCAUCACAGCUUUUGCAGUACUCGCUCAACUCGCGAUCACCUUUCUUCGAUGGCUUCGAUCUCCCUUACGGUCGGUGCUGGGGCCAUUAUUGGGGCGCUUUACAAACCCUUGGUACUUACAUCGAGUCAAACAGGGCAGCCUUGAGUACGUCAAUUCGCAGCUUCAUGAGGAACAUAGUAGAAUUAAGAUGACCCGUAAACUAAAAGUUUCAAUGUCAUCCGGUACGGUCCGAAUUGAUAAUUACAGCAUUAACGACACGGAAUCAUCAAAAAUUAUCUAUGGCCAUGGAACGCAGUUUCCAAAGUCAGACUGGUAUGCCGCAUGGCAACCCGGUGAGAAGAUGUGGAAUAUCUUUGCGGAUCGGGAUAUUAAAAACCACGCCUAUAAUAGGCGGUUCUAUUCCAAGGCCUAUUCAAUGACUUCUCUCAUUCAUUACGAGCCUUUUGUGGACGAGUGCGGGGCGCUCUUCUCCUAA